UCUCUGUUGAAACUCAGCUCGUUGUGACCGUCCCUUAGAUCCAUACUCUUAUUUUUUGCAGCAUAGCCAAACACCAUGUUUAAUUUUUCACCAUUCGUACAAAUGCACUUCCGAGAACAGCUGGAACCAUCUAACAACAUGCCUUUUGACACUUUUUUGAAAGUGGUGGAGCAAGAGAUUGACGAGAACAAAAAAUUGGAGCAGCCAACUUUGCAGACGAAGAACUCGGAAUUCAAAAAGGAAGAAAGUUCAACCGAAGCAUUUGUACAAAAUUCCAUUGACGCCAAGCAUGAUUUAUCUGAUUCUUCAACCUCUAGUUUUUCGAAUUCCUCGACGCCAUCGUUGAGUUCGAAUGACGAUUCAUUGAACGAUUAUCCAACGAUUCCAACAAUAAAUGGGCUGAAAAAGAGGUUUACGAUGUUUACUCCAGAAAUGCAUCAUGUUGAAAAGGAGAACGCUGAUCAAAACGUUGUGUUACCUUUGACCUCCACGUGCCAACAUGUGGCAUCUAACGAUGCAGAAAUUUUGAGAGGAGGAGCGAGAGAAGCCUGUUCGACGAAAUCACCAGGAUCCUUGACAGAAUCUUCGAUAAGAUCUCCGAGAUUGUCAAUGCAACAACUUUUGACGGAGCCUUCAAUGAGGUUGUCGAGGGAAUCGGAGGUAGUUUCUCCAAUGAUGCGGACGCUACAGGGAGAUAGGUUAACAGUCGACCGAGCAAGUUCAACCAACCUACCGAGGCAUUCUUCGCCGUUCGUUACGCCGGCUAGGACAAGCUUAAAAGACGACGAUCCAAAGUUGAAGUUGACUAAAGUUUCUAUAGACCGUUCGAUGGCUCAGUCGGGGAAUUCUGAAUUUAGACAUCAGCUGUACGAAUUGGGACUUAAAAAAGACAAGGAACAUACCCAUUGCAGUAGCAUUCCACUAUUCCCUUCUGUAAUUUCAUUGGUCUUAGCAAAACUCGAAAGGUUGGAGAGAAACAUAGAUCUAAAGCCAUCUCCAAAUUUAGCUUGCCUUCACUCAAAUAACUUCGCCGUCUCGACAAGAGGGACACGAAACAGGGAAAACUGUACACGAGACGUACCAGACGCAUCUUUGGAAACCCCGUUGACGUGCCCCUCGAACGUGCUGUUUUCUCCAUUACCGCAGCAAAAGAGAAGAGCUCGACAGGAUGCAGACUGGUCAUUCGCGGAAGUGUACAGGGACGAAUGGAAGUCGCGGACGCCGAGUCAAGGUUCGCUGAAUAAAUUGACGAAUCAGGUUGAUUUGAAGGUACUUCAUAACGCGUUGGUCUUAGCGAAAAAUCAGUCGUUGAAUCAGGCGCACCUGGCCCUGUUUUCGGCCCUGAAAAUACCGUUGGAAUACAAGCAGGACAGCUCCCAGAUAAAAAACAAAAUUGAUGUCAAGUUGCGCGAGCUGUGGACGGCGAAUCCGGACCUUCAAUUCUACAGCGAAAAAAAAGAGUUUACCUUGAAGAGGUUGAUGAAGGUGCCAGAAGUGUUAUUGGUCAGGGGAAGCACCGAGCUGAUGGAGAGGUUUAGAGACAAUAAAUAGAAAAAUAAAAACGACCAUCAAAAUGCCAGAAGGAAUUGGAAGAAUUAUAGAAUAUCAAAAAGGUCACCAAGAAACGCUUUGA